AUGGGCAACUACAUUUCUUGCAGGCUGUCAGUAAGUAACACUGGAGGAGGAAAGCACUGCAAAAAGGUGACCAAAGUGGUGGUUCCGAGUGGUGAAAUACGAGAGUUGAAUGAACCAGUAAAAGCCGCGGAGGUGAUGCUCGAGACCCCGAACUUCUUCCUAGUAAACACCAAGUGUCUCCAUAUGGGCAGCAGAUUUUCUGCUCUCAAUGCCGACCAUGACUUGGAGAUGGGCAGCGUUUACGUCAUGUUUCCCAUGAAGAGGCUCAACUCCACCGUCACAUCAUCUGACAUGUCCGCCUUGUUCCUCACCGCCGUUGCCACUCCCAAACCCAAACGGCAGCUUUCCGCUCAUCGUAACAUGAAUUGGCAAGAGGCAACAGACAAGCUAAAUCUGGAUGAUAUCCAAGAGUUCUCGGCCCCGGAAUUCAUGCAUCGAUUAUCCAUGACUAGGUCCAAGAAGCCAUUGUUGGAGACCAUAACAGAAGAGACUGUUAGUGUUUGUUCAAGGUGA